UCUUAUUAUUUGUUUUUUGGGGGGAGCGAGCUGCCUCCAUCAGGUGCAGAGCAGAGAGAGAGAGCAUCAGAUCCCAGCAGAGAUGGCGAAGGCAGACCAGCGUUUCGGCCAGCGGGACGGCUCCGACCAGAACUUUGACUACAUGUUCAAGCUCCUGAUCAUCGGCAACAGCAGCGUGGGGAAAACCUCCUUUCUGUUCCGCUACGCCGACGACUCCUUCAGCAACUCUUUCGUCAGCACCGUGGGCAUUGACUUCAAGGUGAAGACGGUGUAUCGCAACGAAAAGAGGAUCAAGCUGCAGAUCUGGGACACGGCAGGACAGGAGCGUUACCGCACCAUCACCACGGCCUACUACCGUGGUGCCAUGGGCUUCAUCCUCAUGUAUGACAUCACCAAUGAGGAGUCCUUCAACGCUGUCCAGGACUGGGCGACUCAGAUUAAGACGUACUCAUGGGACAACGCCCAGGUCAUCAUGGUGGGCAACAAGUGCGACAUGGACGAGGAGAGGAUUGUACCUCCAGAGAAAGGAAAACACCUCGCCGACCAGUUAGGAUUCGAGUAUUACGAGGCGAGCGCCAAGGAGAACAUCAACGUCCGGCAGGUCUUUGAGCGCCUGGUGGACAUCAUCUGUGUGAAGAUGUCGGAGCGCGUGGAUGUCGAGGUGCCAGCGGCCCCCGGCGCCAAGACCACCAGACUGACCGACAAGCCCGCCCAGCUACCUCAGAAGUGCUGCUGA